CAGCAAUGGGAAUCAGCCAUCAGGCGCAUUGCCAGCAUCAUCUGGACCGAUUGUGCUGGAAGCGCGACAUAAUUUUCCAUAUUUAGUUUAGAACCUAGGCGAAUUUAUAUAGAUUUAUUCUAAAUUUAAAUUGAACUAAGUAAUAUAAUAGAAUGUGUACAAAACUUGACAUUUUAGGGACCCACAGACGUAUUCCUGCUGCGGUUCAUCACAGCGAUUUGAUUGUGGGGGUGAAGCGCUCAUCCUCCUCCUCUGCUGUCGCGCUCUGUAACGAAUUGUACAUUCCAUCUAUUAUAAUUCUCAUUUAGAAGAUAAAACACCUGUCGUCGAUAUUACAGACCGUUCAGACCGUGCGUGCUGUCUGCAUUGCGGUGUGAGGGUAUUUAACAUCUUGCAGAGUGUCUAACAGUCAAAGCAAUGGGAGCUCUAAGCAAACAGCAGUUCUUCCAGGAACUGGGAUCCGGUUGCUUGCUUCCGACUGUCCAGCACGGUCUGGAACAAGUAUGGCAGCUGUUACUCAUCUGCCUAGUGUGUAGGCUGCUGUGGAGAUUGGGUCUGCCCUCUUUCUUGAAACACCUGAGUACGGUGGCAGGUGGUUUUUAUACUCUUUACCUGUUCUUUGAGCUGCACAUGGUUUGGGUGGUGCUUCUCAGCCUCCUCUGCUACCUCAUCCUCUUCCUGUGCCGCCAUUCGAGCAGCCGAGGACCCUUCCUGUCCAUCACUAUCCUCAUCUACCUCCUUCUGGGAGAAUUGCAUAUGAUGGAUACAACAACCUGGCAUAAAAUGAGAGGUUCCCAGAUGGUAGUGGCCAUGAAGGCAGUUUCUCUUGCCUUUGAUUUGGACAAAGGCAUAGUGGAGAAAUUUCCCUCUCCAGUGGAGUUUAUGGGCUACAUUUACUUUGUGGGGACGGUCAUCUUUGGGCCUUGGAUCAGUUUCAAUAGCUACAUGGAUGCGGUAGAAAGUCGAAAAUUUAGUGUCUCCUGGUUUUUGAAGUCAGUCUUCAGCUGUGUGAAGAGCCAGCUCUGUCUGGUCAUUUCCAACUGUAUUGCACCCUAUCUCUUUCCCUAUUUCAUCCCGGCCUUUGGAGACAAGCUGCUCCGCAACAAGAAACGAAAGAUGAGGGGCUCUAUUAAAAGGUGGCUACAGGCCUAUGAGAACACCCUGUCCUUCCAUUUCAGUAAUUACUUUGUGAGUUACCUUGGUGAGACGACCACCACACUGGCAGGUGCUGGUUUCACAGAGGAGAAGGACAAUCUUAAGUGGGACUUGACAAUAGCAAAGCCGCUAAAUGUAGAGUUUCCCAGGUCUAUGGUUGAAGUGGUGACUUCCUGGAACCUGCCCAUGUCCCGCUGGCUCAACACCUAUGUGUUCAGGAAGGCUCUCAAAUAUGGGAGCUUCACAGCUAUUAUCUUGACAUACACUGCAAGCGCUCUGCUACAUGGUCUAAGCUUCCACAUUGGGGCAGUAUUAUUUACACUAGGCUUCAUAACAUAUAUUGAACAUGUGCUUAGGAAAAGAUUGUCAGUCAUUUUAAAUGCAUGUGUGCUCUCCAAGAAAUGCCCAUCUGACUGCAAACACAGACAUAAAAAGGAAUUUUGGGUAUAUUUAAUUAAUGGGACUUUUAGCAUGUUAGCAGUACUACAUUUAAGAUACCUGGGCUCAAUUUUUGGCUCCAGCACAGACGACAUGGAUUCUGAUGAGGACGGCAUGGCCAGCCAUACCAUUGAGAAAUGGACACAACUCAGCUGGACAAGCCACUGGUUGACCUUUGGCCUUUGGGUCCUGUAUCGCCUUAUUCUAUAAACACUGAGACCUACAUAGACGAGGAGAGAUGGGGAGAGGAUAGCAAUAACUGUGAUUGGAUAUUUUAUGUGGGUUUUACUAUAGAGGAGUCGUGGCCGUUUAUGGCAUCACUGUGAACUCUGGAUGAACAUGACUGCGGCCCAGAGUCCUCAAAUCCAGGAAAAACUAACAUACAGGUAAUAUUGAUCCACACCAUUGGACCACUGGAUAUUCUGAAGUUUUCUAAACUACCUAAAGUAAAGAAGCAUCAAGACUUAAAAAAACAAAAACACAGCAAUC